CAGACAAAUCAACACUACAAGAAUGGAGGCUAUCAGAUUGUUAACCAUCCUUAUACUGUUAAGUAUGAGGAUUUGGAGUGGAGCAGCCACCCCAGCACCGUCGUCGACCGCCGCGCCACCUCCGAUAACAGAAGCAACCCUUCAGCAAGUGGCUGCUUCUCUGAAAAUGUAUGUUGAUGAGCUCCCAAAAAUUCCAAAGCUCUUUGGUUAUUCAAUGCGACAUGGCUCACCAGCUCCUGGAAAUCUCACUAUAGGCAUGUUCGAGAAGAAAUGGAAAUUCCACCGUGAUUUACCUAAAACAACAGUCUUCGCAUAUGGUACAUCGGCAGAGGAGGCAACCAUACCUGGACCAGUGAUCGAGGCCUUGAAACAGGUGCCAACAUCAGUGACAUGGGAGAAUCACCUUCCUCAAAACCACAUCUUCUCAUGGGACCACACCAUCACCACUGCCAUCCCUAAGAAUGGUGGAGUUCCAACGGUUGUCCAUCUCCAUGGUGGCGUCCAUCCACCACAAGACGACGGUCACCCACUUUCCUGGUUCACCUCCAAUUUCAAUGAUACCGGCUCUCAAUGGACCCAAGCAACCUACACAUACCCAAACGUCCAAGCUGCCGGUAACUUAUGGUACCAUGAUCAUGCACUUGGGUUAACACGUGUCAACCUCUUAGCAGGCCUGAUUGGGCCUUACGUCAUCCGUGAUCCAAAAGUAGAAAACCCUUUGAACCUCCCAUCUGGAUCAGAGUUUGAUCGGCACUUGAUGAUCAUCGAUCGAAGCUUCUUCAAAAAUGGAUCCAUCUACAUCAACUCAACUGGUGAUAACCCCUCCAUUCACCCACAAUGGCAACCAGAAUAUUUUGGUGAUGCCAUUAUAGUUAACGGUAAGGCUUGGCCAUAUCUUAAGGUCCAACGAAGGAAGUAUCGUUUUAGGAUCAUCAAUGCCGCCAAUGCAAGAUACUUUAACUUCUCCUUAUCCAAUGGCCUCCCAUUCGUCCAAAUAGGAUCUGAUUCAUCAUACCUUAACUCCCCAGUCCAGACUCAGAGUAUUCUCCUAGCCCCCGCUGAGAUUGCCGAUGUUGUAAUUGACUUCUCACCUUCUCAAACCAAUGAGUCUAUCUUAACCAAUACUGCACCUUACCCGUACCCGACAGGCAGCCCGGUAGACCAGCUGAGCGGAAACGUCAUGAAGUUCAUCAUUGCAUCGGGUAAUCCGACCCGCCCCGAUAAUUCAAAAAUCCCAAAAAGCCUAGUGAAUUAUCCGGUAGCAACAAGUGAAGGUGCAGUGCAGAAGAGGUAUAUCGUGUUGUAUGAGUAUGAUAGUGCUACCGAAAACCCAACCCAUCUCUAUAUUAAUGGGAAAAGCUUCUCGGAUCCGGUGACGGAAACUCCGAGAUCCGGUACCAGCGAGGUUUGGGAGGUGAUCAACUUGACCCCAGAUAAUCACCCACUCCACAUCCAUUUAGCCACCUUCCAGGCAAUCAAGGUUCAAGAGUUGGUAAAUGAAACUACGUUCUCCGAUUGUAUGACAGCAAAGAACGAUGCAAUUGCAUGCAACGUGACAGACUAUGCGAUUGGGCAAUUGUUAACAAUCCCUAACUAUGAGAAGACAUGGAAGAAUGUAGUGAAGAUAGAGCCUGGAUAUCAAACUACUGUGGUUGUCAAGUUUAAUAUGGUGGAGACCAAUACAACAUAUCCCUUCAAUGUCACUGCUGCACCUGGAUAUGUCUACCAUUGUCAUAUUUUGGACCAUGAGGAUAAUGAGAUGAUACGACCAAUGAAGUUGACUCUUUGAACAAGGAAAAA